GAAGCAGUCGGUCUUGUUGGCGCUCUCUGCUCUGGCUGGAGAAGCUCUGGGCUGGCAGGAUGAGGCUGCGGACCUUCAGGAUCUUGCUAGUGCUCGUCCACGUGUCAGCAGCCUGUGAGUUUGGGCCCUUCCCUUACAGAGUCACGGGGAUUGUCUGCAGGAUGACCAAGCCUGCGGCAUUGCUGUUGAACCAGGAAACAGCACAGGUCAUUCAAGCAGCAUUCAGAAAUGCCAAAUUCCCAAAUAUCACCGGGGAAAGGUCCAUGCGGCUCCUCGGCAAGGUGGCUUAUGGGCUGACCAACAUACAGGUAAAUGACUUGUCCAUCGAGGAGAGUGAAGUGGAGCUCAAGGAGAACGAUGCCAUUCACAUUGCCAUUAAAAAUGUGACAGCCUUCUUCAGAGGGACCCUGAACUAUGGCUAUGCUGGGGCCUGGUUUUUGCAGCUUUUUCAUUCAGUUGAUUUUGAAAUCGAGUCUUCCAUUGACCUCCAGAUAAAUAUUAAACUGAUGUGCCAGAAGGACCAAGUGGCUGCCGAUGCCUCAGACUGCUACCUGACUUUCCACAAACUCACACUUCACCUGCAAGGAGACAAGGAACCAGGCUGGCUGAAGCAGCUCUUCACGGAUUUCAUCUCCUUCACUUUGAAGUUUGUUCUCAAGAGUGAGGUGUGCAACGAAAUCAAUUUUCUUGCCCAGGUGCUGGCAAAAUUUGUACAUGAUUUAGCAGAAAAUUUUGUCCGGGAUGAAGCUAUCAGUGUCGAUAUCUCCCUUGCAUCAGUUCCUUUAAUAAAAGCAAAUUACCUAGAAUCCCACCACAAGGGCCUCGUCCUGUACAAGAACUACUCCGAUGUCUUCACUGACUCCGUUUUCUCCCCGUCACUGCUGACCGAGUCUCGGAUGCUUUACUUCUGGCUGUCUGAACACACCCUCAACUCUUUGGCUUCAGCAGCUUUCUUAGAUAGACGUCUGGAAUUGACCAUAGGAGGAGAGGAGUUGCAGGCACUGUUUGAAAUGGAAGACACGGAAGCGCAGCGGAACGCGGUGCAGAUGAUUUUUCAAGGCACCUCCUAUAACAACUGUGUGGCCAAGGUGUGGAGUCUUGCCCAUCCCCAAAUCUCUGUUCAGCCUGAAGGGACAGUUGUGAAGUCCUUGGUAGCAGUGGAGGUCAGCACCCUUCCCGCAGGAGAAGAGUCCCUGAUGGUUCUGUACAUGGAGAAGGAAAUCACGGUCACCAUCCAAGCUGCCUAUACAGAAAAGAAACUCAUUUUGCACCCCUUGGAAUCCAGGAUAGAGUUUAAAGUCUUUAACUGCACAGCUGAUCCAAGUGAGAAUGAUCCAUCCAUAAGAAACUUCCUGCAGACAAUGAUCUCGGUUGUUGGGAUCCCAGAAGUGAUUUCAAGGAUCGAACCAGCUUUGACUUCACUGAUGAACAGCAAAGGGCUUCAUCUAUUUGAGAUCAGAAAUCCUGAGAUCAUCACAAGAAAGGGAUACAUAAUUGUACAACUUGACUUUAGCUUCCCGAAUCAUUUGCUUCUUGAUUUUCUUCAGAAUAUAGAGCUGAUCUCUUCUUAAAGGAGCCCAGAACUUGUGUACAAACAGAAAGAUCGUGUCUGAACCAGUUAAAAGAUGAGCUGAUUUAAAUCAGUUUCAGCUUAAUUUUGUUUCCUUUUCCUAAUAAAUGCUCCAAUUUCUGUGCGAUUGUA